AUGGCUAACUCAACCCCAAUUCGUCCUUGGUCUCGCUUGGCCUCCUUGCGCUCUGUCACUUCUGCUUCAGAGCCAUAUUCUAACCCAUCACUCAAAGCAUCCCAAGCAAGACACAUUUCCUCUUUAGACAACAACGUUGGUAUCACCACAUCACUGCCAUCAACACCACCAUCUAAUCAAAGCCCAACGCAGUCACAAAAGUUCAAACACACCACGCCCUUUAUUUUUCCACCUUCCAAACUGAAGGUUAACCCAGAGAUUGAGAUUCAGACUAAGAUUAAGAUACCCGGGGAAGAAGAGACAAAAGCGGUGCUUAUUAACGGGACUGUUGAAAAGCCUAAUGCCAAUGACAAUGGUUCAUUGCACAAGGAAUCAAUAGAAACCCAAAAGCAAUCCACAGGCCAUCAUGAAAAACAAGUGAAAACCAAAGAGAAUGAAAGGAAAGGGAAAGGUGUUGAUUUGGGUUCUGAUGGGAAUGGCAUAACUAGGGUCAUAACAAUUGCAGGGGAAAACAGAGGUGCAUACAUGGAAAUACUCAAACCCCAAGAGAAACCCAUUAAAAAGAUGGGAAAUUUUGGUAAUGGGGAAGAGGAUGCAAAUGAGAAGGAGAAGAAUCGGAAAGUGAGAACAAUAUCUUCACUUCCAAAGAGUGGUUUCUACGUGAACAGCAAUGUUCAAUGUGUCAACAGCUCAAUGAUGUUCCACACAAGUUGCACACACAAUGAUCCUGGAGUGCACCUGAGUCUCUCAAAGAAGCCAUUUGGUGAACGUGUUGAUGGCCAGAGCAAUUGA